AUGGUUGUUUAUGAUUCUGAGGGAAGUGAUAUUCAUGUUAUCGUACCUCCCGUUUAUAGGCAGAAUUUUGAUUCGCUGUUUGUUGUUAAUGAUACUUACACUAUUGCAAACUUCCAAGUUCAGCUGAAUGAUCUGCUGUUCAAACCUUCUGCUCACAAGUACCUCCUUAAAUUUACUGGUGGGACAAAAGUUGGGGAUAGAAAUGUACAUCAGAUUCAGGAAAAGGCUUGCAGGCUCACUCCUUUCCUUGAUAUUUUAACUGGGAAAUGGAAUAAAGAUCAACUUUUAGAUGUUAUCGGAGUGGUUGAUGAAAUUGGGUACACACAGGUCCAGGUGGGAAGUAAAAAGCAACAGGUCAACUUUGUCAUUCGCGACUUGAGCAACAACACUAUAACGGUCACGUUAUGGGAGGCGUACGCGGUGCAGUUUAUCAACUACGUUGAACAGCAGGUCGAUACUGCAAUUCCUGUUGUGAUUAUGAUUCAAUAUGCCAAAGUCAAAGAAGCUUUUGGCAAAUAUCCUCUAUCUGUUACCAAUACUUACAAUGUCACCAAAGCUUACACAGUAACACAGGAUACUAUAGUGGCUGUCUCGGGACUUCGCAGCCAGCAGUCUCAGGGAAGGUCGCAAAACUCAUACAGUUCUCGCCAAUCACCUACCCAAAAAUUGUUGUCUAAUGCUGUUCUUCUUCCUCUUGAGCAAAUCGUUAAACUCAAAGACGCAUGCCAUGAAUGCCCGAACAAAGUGACUGGUGAUAAACCUCCCUACAAGUGUGUCAAGGGACAUGACACUGAAACUGCCAUUUUCAGGUAUAAAAUAGAGGUGGGUGUUCUUCAUGCUGGUACAAAAUGCAAGUUUGUUUUGUGGGACAAGGAGAGUGGAGAACUAUUGGAAGUCUCGGCUGCUCAUAUGCGCGAAACCAUGUUUCAGGCUGGAAUAUUUGAUCCCCUCGAUUUUCCACUGGCACUUGACAAGCUCCUGGAUCAGGAGCUUGCCUUCAAAGUCAAGUGGCAACCAGAUUGGUCUAAUUGCUCGGUCAUCAUGUUAGUGAAAGAGAAACCUAUUGUGGAUCAACUAAAAGCUGAAUGGGUGGAUGCAACUACAGUUAAUACACAACAGCUUUCCGCCCCUGUGAACCAUAUCAAAGAGAGUGUUGAUGAGGCUGUUCCUCUUGAUGAUUCAGACAUCGUUACGGAUCCUGAAAUAACUUCCAAAUUGCACGGUGAACCACUCACACCUACGGCUAAAAGACAGAGCCCCGAUCCAUCCAUUGAAUCUACAGGGUCAUAUUAUAUAAGGAUUAUAUUCGACUACUGUUCGAUUAACGCAGCUAAUGUUACGGUAUCAUACUACUGUGAAUCCAAUGUAACGUAUGGUUUCGUUCUAUUUCACGAAUCAGUGCUGCAUAUAUUUGUAUCAAUGAGACAGCCAAUUCCCAAACUUUAUAUCUUUUAUAUAUCGUAUCAGGAUAAUAUAAUUAUGUACUUCAACAUCUCACAAAGAGCUACUUUACUUCUGCCUCAAAAUUUUGGGAAACCACAGGAAAAGUAUAUGCUACAUUCUAUUGAAAUAAAGAAUAUUAAAUGA